AUGGUCAUGCCGCAGCUAGAGCAUGCCUAUGUGCAGGUCCACAACUUUGCCUAUUUGGAGGAGAUCGUAGCAUGCAUGCAUGGCGUUAUCGACGGGAUUGGGUCGACCCAGGUGCUCUGCGGCUGCACCAUGUAUAACCCGAGCCCCACCAGCAUCUGUUGCAUGCUGACUCCAGAUCUGACCACUACGACAUGGCAAUCACAGACUGCUGGGCUCUGUCUCGUGUUCGAAGGCUACGACUACGAUGAAGAGGCCUGGAUCCUGGAUGUGUUGCGCCCGAGACUGCAACCAUACUUGUCCACAGUCGAACGCUUGACCAUAGAAGACGGUCGCGCGUAUGUGGAGCAAUCAGUCAUGGCUUGGCGGCAACUCUUCAGCCUAAUGCCGGGGGUGACCGAGCUCUGCGUCUCGGGCAGGUAUACGUCAGCUCUACCUGCCGGCCUGUAUGCUCUUGAUAGAUCGGGUGAACCGACGAAUCCCUUGUUUCCGAAACUGGAAUCGCUGCGCCUGGAGUCAGUAUGGUUUCGGGAUCCUUGGAGGAGGAUCUUGAGCGUCGUCGACUUCCUCGAUCGGGUCCUUAAGCCCUAUCAGGGUUUGGAUUGUCCAAACACACACAUAAGACUUACCAUUACUGCGGGCAUCAACAUCUCGGCGACAGAUAUUGAAGUCCUCCGUGAUAUCUUCGAGGUUGUCAAGUGGGACAGCCUGGAGAAGAACGAUGUCUCUCAUGAGGAUGACGUACAAUGGUACGUCUUCCCGGGAGACGAUGCGGGGGGAAAGAGGGAAAAAGGGGCGGACGAAAGCGAUUACGAUGCUGAUGAUGAGGACGACGACAGAGAGGCACGAAGGGGAAUUCAUUGGGAUGCUGACGGCGAGGGAAAUGGUGAUGACAGCGCGUCCGAAGCGCCAGAGGAGGGUGCGGCAAGCGAGAACUAA